GUUUCAAAUCUUACCUCCCUUACAUCAUAGAUCUAAUCUUGUCUACAUCAUUGCCUCUUCACUCAACACCUAACACCCAAUUUUUUUUUAUAAACUUUGGAGUCUCUUGGAUUCAACCCAAGGAUAGACAACAAAUUCUCUACUUUAAAAAAUGAAAAGCAAAAACUACCCACAACAAACAAGUAGAUAAGAAUUGAGAGGAUGUAACCAUAGUGUCACAUACUAAUAAAAGUUUUGUGUCCAAGUUCGGUGGAAACAAAAACUUCUUUUUCUAGAGAAGUUCCAUCACAAACAUCACUAAAGUUUCCAUUCCAAUUAUCAAUGGCAUACUUCUACCCCUCAAAUCAUCCUGAAAAUCUUGGUAAUUACCAGUACAAUGAUCAGUAUUACUACAAUUACAAUCAUGAUGUCAGUAAUCAAGAUCCAAGGUAUGUUCAAUAUUCUGAUUCAGAGUUUUAUGGGAAUGCAUAUCAGCAAAGUUUAACUCCAUCAUUAGUAGGUUAUCAUUACUCCAAUUAUAGUCAGUCUGAAUCUGUUUUAACCAAGAAAUCUGGUAGUUUCGGCGAAAGUGGUAAUUAUUAUGAUCUUGUUUCAACUGAAUAUGUCAUUUCUUGUGAUAAUUUCACCCCUGCUGAAGCUAUUGUUGAAGCUGAUGGAAAGGAUCCGAACCCAAACCCGAACUGGAACCCGAAACCCUUUCAUGGGGGGUACGAUAUUCAUGAGCAGUAUGGGAAACCUCUGUCCCCUUCAAUGGAUAUUUGUUAUCCGAGUUCUAAGAUUGACCCGAGUAGUAAUAAUAAUACGGGGGGUUUUUCUUAUGGGUCUGUUCCUUCUCCUUAUGUUGAAGGGGUUAAAAAUGGUGUUGUGGUGCCAAAACAAACUAAUGGGAUUGUUUCUGGUAAUGUAAUCCAAGAGGAAGAUCUUUCUGAUUUCGAGGAUGAUGAUGAUGAAGAGGACGAUGAUGGUGAAUAUGACGAGGAAGAUGAUGAUGAUGAUGAUGAUGAUGAUGAGGAAGAAGAAGAAAAUAACCCGGUUUUCGAGGGAGGAAAAAAGCAAGAUGAUUCUGGUAAUAAGGAGCCUUCUAAAAGAAACAAAACUGUAACUUUUAGUGAUGAUGUUCAUACAAUAGUAGAGAAGAAAGAUACUGAUGGUGAAGUAUUGUCGAAAAAUGGGAGCGUUGUUGGUGAUGAGGUGAUCCAAGAAGUGUCGACAAAUGGGAGCGUUGUUGGUGAUGAGGUGAUCCAAGAAGUGUCGAAAAAUGGAAGCGUUGUUGGUGAUGAGGUUAUCCAAGAAGCGCCCAAAAAUGGGGUGAUCCAAGAAGCGUCGCAAAAUGGGGGCGUUGUUGGUGAUGAGGUUAUCCAAGAAGUGGCGGAAAAUGGGAGCGACGUUAAUGGUGAUGAGGUGAUCCAAGAAGUGUCAAAAAAUGGGGGAGUUUUUGGUGGUGAGGUGAUCCAAGAGGGCGUCGGUAAUGGUGAAAUAAGGCGGCAAAUUCCGUCGGGUUAUGGUAUGGAGGCCAUAGACCUAUGUGAAGGAGUAUUGGGUGGUUACUUCCCCUGUUUGUGGAAGAGAAACCAGAGGAUUUAUAAUCAUGAAAGGGAUGUUAAUGAUAAGAUGAGUGAUUAUGAUUAUUGUUGGAAAGAGACGGCGGAGUAUCUUUUCGGGAAUCCGAAUCCGUACGGUGGCGCAAUGCCGGAGAAAGGAAGCUAUGGUGAUCCAGUUUAUAACUAUCACAAGCAUUACCCUCAGCAACCCCUUACUGAACAAGUUGAGUAUCAUGGAGGAGGUAGUUCUUCAAGGGUGCAUCAUCAUUCAAGUAAUUAUUAUGGUCAUAAUUAGGCUUGGUCAUUGGUCAGGUCGGGUUGGGUCGGGUCGAGUCACUAGCAAGACGAGUCAUUUGCGGGUCAUAGGAAAUAUAACGGGCUAGGGUCUAGUCAGGACCAGGAUCAUAACCAAAAGCUAAUAGGAAGUUCUUUAAGGAUGCAUCAUUCAAGGAAUAGUUAUGGUCAUAAUUAAUGGAAGAGUACCACUAAUAAUAAUUGAACGUAACUAUCGUGUUAACAUGACUACAUGAGAGGCGAUAGGUUAAUCAUUGAAUAAUGUACUCAGUGUCACGUAGUGUAAUUUCCUUGGAGAAAAAGGGGUGUUUCGGGGUAUUUGGAGGGUACGAUAUACAUUAUUCACAAAUCCUAGUGAUUAACUACUCCGGCAGUGCUCGAAAUUAUGGGCAUAUGUGCAAUAAGGGGUUUGUUGAACAACCCUUUAAUUUUUGACGAGAACUACACAUAAUUGUUGCAUGUGUGAAAUAAGAGGUUUGAUCUUCAUAAUACGCAAAUUUCUAUUGCCUAGUUUAUGUUUUUGUGAACUCUUUUUUAUUGUAAUUAUGCAUAACUUUGAAUGAUAGGCACAAUUGAGGUUUUGGUUCAGUGGUUAAGACUGAGAGUUUGAAUUACAUAUCACAGGUUUAAAUUCCCCUUUUCUCGUUUGUAAUUUAAAUUUUCCUUGUGCCUUCGUAAAAAGAAAUAAAAGUGAUUAGCAAUUUAGCA